AUCUUUGAGUAUGUGGAUGGCCCCAACGCCCAGGUCAUGAAUGCUGAGGAACAUGCUUUUCGAUUUUCUGCCAACAUCAUCAACAGGAACAGGACUCUGCUGCCCAACACAACCUUGACCUAUGACAUCCAGAGGAUUCACUUUCAUGACAGCUUCGAGGCCACCAAGAAGGCCUGUGACCAGCUGGCCCUGGGAGUGGUGGCGAUCUUCGGGCCGUCCCAGGGCUCUUGCACCAACGCCGUCCAGUCCAUCUGCAAUGCCCUGGAGGUGCCCCACAUCCAGCUGCGCUGGAAACACCACCCGCUGGACAACAAGGACACCUUCUAUGUGAACCUCUACCCCGACUACGCCUCCCUCAGCCACGCCAUCCUCGACCUCGUCCAGCACCUCAAGUGGCGAUCGGCCACCGUGGUCUACGAUGACAGUACAGGGCUCAUCCGACUGCAGGAGCUCAUCAUGGCCCCGUCGAGGUACAACAUCCGCCUGAAGAUCCGCCAGCUCCCCCUUGACUCCGACGACUCGCGCCCCCUGCUCAAAGAGAUGAAGCGGGGCAGGGAAUUUCGCAUCAUCUUCGACUGUAGCCACACCAUGGCCGCCCAGAUCCUCAAGCAGGCCAUGGCCAUGGGCAUGAUGACCGAAUACUACCACUUCAUCUUCACCACGCUGGAUCUGUAUGCGUUAGACCUGGAGCCCUACCGCUACUCAGGGGUGAACCUGACGGGGUUCCGGAUCCUCAACGUGGACAACCCGCACGUCUCGGCCAUCGUGGAGAAGUGGUCCAUGGAGCGGCUGCAGGCAGCUCCCCGGGCAGAGUCCGGCCUGUUGGAUGGCGUGAUGAUGACUGACGCGGCCUUGCUGUACGACGCCGUCCACAUCGUGUCCGUGUGCUACCAGAGGGCCCCGCAGAUGACCGUGAACUCCCUGCAGUGCCAUCGGCACAAGGCCUGGCGCUUUGGCGGCCGCUUCAUGAACUUCAUCAAGGAGGCUCAAUGGGAAGGAUUAACUGGACGGAUUGUUUUCAACAAAACCAGUGGCUUACGGACAGAUUUUGAUCUGGACAUCAUCAGCCUGAAGGAGGACGGCCUGGAGAAGGUUGGUGUGUGGAGUCCUACGGAGGGGCUCAACAUCACGGAGGUCGCCAAAGGCCGAGGCCCUAAUGUCACUGACUCUCUGACAAACAGGUCACUCAUCGUCACCACCGUGCUGGAAGAGCCCUUCGUCAUGUUCCGGAAGUCCGACAGGACCCUCUUUGGGAAUGACCGCUUUGAGGGCUACUGCAUCGACCUGCUCAAGGAGCUGGCCCACAUCCUAGGCUUCUCCUACGAGAUCCGGCUGGUGGAGGACGGCAAGUAUGGGGCACAGGACGACAAGGGCCAGUGGAACGGCAUGAUCAAGGAGCUCAUCGACCAUAAGGCAGAUCUGGCCGUGGCCCCCCUGACCAUCACCCAUGUCCGCGAGAAGGCCAUCGACUUUUCCAAGCCCUUCAUGACACUCGGUGUGAGCAUCCUGUAUCGAAAGCCCAAUGGCACCAACCCCAGUGUCUUCUCCUUCCUCAACCCCCUGUCCCCAGACAUCUGGAUGUAUGUGCUCCUCGCCUACCUGGGGGUCAGCUGUGUCCUCUUUGUAAUUGCCAGGUUCAGCCCUUACGAGUGGUAUGACGCUCAUCCUUGCAAUCCCGGCUCCGAGGUGGUGGAAAACAACUUCACUCUGCUAAACAGCUUCUGGUUCGGGAUGGGGUCCUUGAUGCAGCAAGGGUCUGAACUGAUGCCCAAAGCCCUGUCCACACGCAUCAUCGGGGGCAUCUGGUGGUUCUUCACGCUCAUCAUCAUCUCCUCCUACACGGCCAACCUGGCUGCCUUUCUGACUGUGGAGCGCAUGGAAUCGCCCAUCGACUCUGCUGAUGACCUGGCCAAGCAAACCAAAAUCGAGUAUGGGGCUGUCAAGGACGGGGCCACCAUGACCUUCUUCAAGAAAUCCAAGAUCUCCACCUUUGAGAAAAUGUGGGCCUUCAUGAGCAGCAAGCCAUCAGCGCUGGUGAAGAACAACGAGGAGGGCAUCCAGAGGACCCUGACGGCAGACUAUGCACUGCUCAUGGAGUCCACGACCAUCGAGUACGUCACCCAGAGGAACUGCAACCUUACCCAGAUCGGGGGCCUCAUCGACUCCAAGGGCUACGGCAUUGGCACGCCCAUGGGCUCCCCGUACCGGGACAAGAUCACCAUCGCCAUCCUGCAGCUGCAGGAGGAGGACAAGCUGCACAUCAUGAAGGAGAAGUGGUGGAGAGGCAACGGGUGUCCCGAGGAGGAGAACAAAGAGGCCAGCGCCCUGGGUAUCCAGAAGAUCGGGGGCAUCUUCAUCGUCCUGGCCGCCGGGCUGGUCCUGUCCGUGCUGGUGGCUGUGGGCGAGUUUGUGUACAAGCUCCGUAAAACAGCAGAGCGAGAGCAGCGUUCCUUCUGCAGCACGGUAGCCGAUGAGAUCCGUUUCUCCCUUACCUGCCAGCGUCGGGUCAAGCACAAGCCGCAGCCUCCCAUGAUGGUCAAGACUGACGCUGUCAUCAACAUGCACACGUUCAACGACCGCCGGCUUCCAGGCAAGGACAGCAUGGCCUGCAGCACAUCAUUGGCCCCUGUAUUCCCCUAGGCACAGGUGGGGUGGGGACCGAAGGCCUGGGGGCAGGGCAGAGGAAAGCAAGGAGACUGGAAGGCACCUCCCCUGUGCCCACACUGGGCUUGGGGGCCAGAGCUGCUGCCUGCCUGCUGAGCCAGGAGCCCUCUGCCCUUACCUCCCAGGAAACAGCAGGCCCCUAGGCCAGCUGCUUGGGCCUCACUCGCCUCUCAUUUCUUCUGUGGGUUUCUAAAGCUGCCAGCCGAGACAGCCAAGGCCAAAGGAAGCACAUGCCUCUCUCAGGCCAAACUCACCUGCCCCUCAACUCUCCUUGACAGUCAGAAGUUCCUACCACGGCCUUGCUGAGGCCAAAGAAAAUGGGAAACAGCUCGUAUGUUGCCUCUCCUUCCCCCAUGAGCCCAGGCCUCCUGGGCCAUGACCGUGAGACCAGAGACACAAACCUUGGGCACCUUAAGGAUUGUAGUGUGGCUACCAAUGGGAGCUGAAGAUGGGGGAUGGCCGCCCCACAUGUCUUGGGCAGAAGGAAGACUUCAUCCCUUAGGGGCUGCUCACAUAGUCUUGGUCUCUUGGACUUGGCACCAUGUAUGGCAGCCUCCAUCUUGGCAAAGUUGAAGGCAGAGAGCCCCAUAGAAGAAAAGAGGAGUUUGGGGUAUGGGAGAGAGGAAAAUGCACAAAGGCCGCCAUUUUGAAUUCUUAUGGACGAUGUCCCAGUUGUUCCCAUUCCUCAAGGAGGUCUCCAGGAGUAUAAAGUGGAGGAGUGGUCAGAGCAAAUUUUCUACUUUCUGGCCAGAAGAUAGAGGACCCCCUGAAUCUCUCAGAAAGGGUGACCAGAGAUUCAGCCGAUAUUUGAAGCCAGAGGAACAGUGGAUUCCAUGGAAAUCCCAUAGGCCCUUGAGCCAUUGGGUCUUAUUUUGCUGGUUAAUGAGCUGUUUUCUAAACCCUAGUGGCAUUUGAGAGCUUGGGCUCUUUGCCAUCUACUCAUCAGCAACUCCCCAUUCCUGGCCAGUUGACCUUGACCUCCUUCUGUCACCUUGGAAGGAGAAGAGAAGCCUAGAUUGAAGUGAAAGUCCUGACCCCCCCCCCAAAAGAGGGAUACAGGUCUUAUGGCACAGGCUAACUUUGGGGUCGAUGGGGAAGGCCAGGAAGGCCCUCAAGAACUCUUGGCCUCCUGAACUUGCCAAACCUAAAGAUGCUCCCCAGAAAGGAAAGUGUUCAGGGACAGGGUAUCAGAGCUCAUAGAGGCCCCAAGGGUGGGGAAAGAAAAGCUGCCUCCUGGAGAAUUAACCAAAGACCCCACAUAGAGAGACAGGCCAUCUAGGCCCCGAUCUCUUGUCCAGAGCAGCUUGGACCUAGUGGGGCUUGGGGGUAUAGCAAAGAAAUAGUAGCAGAUGGGGUACCAGUGAGGGCCAGACCAGAUGACUUGUGGGUUCCAGCUAGGUAGGAUGGAUGCUCUAGAAGUCUGUGACUUUAAGAUUCUGGAAAAAGAAUGAGACAUGGAAGGUUUAGGAGCAAAGUGUCCUUAAAGAGACUACGACGGGACCAGCAAAGCUUCCCAUUGCUAAGGGUGAAAGGCAGUCUCGGAACAGGGGAGGGAAGGCUGGAGAUUCCGGAUGGGGACCCAGAAGACACUAUUAUCCCCCUCCCCCCUCUCUCCUGUUUCUGCCUGGGGAGUCUGGUUAAGGAAGAGCUACAUUUAGAUCUCAAGGACCUUCUCAGCUGGGGUGAAGGAUAAUCUUUAGCUCCCCCCAGGGACUCCCAAAGCAGGAGAGCGCAGUGGGCUCAUGUGAUAAAUACCGUUCCUCCUCCAAACUGUGAGCUGCAGGACCAAACCAGCUGGUUCCCACUCUCCCAGCAGCUCCAACAGGCUGUGUGCUGGGUAGGUGGGAGAAGGGAGCUGGACGCACAGCAUCGCCAGCACACGUAAUGACGGGAGAAGCCAUGCUGUCGUGAGCUCGUGUGUGGGAGUGCGUGUGUGCACGCAUAUAUGUGUAUCUGUGUGUGUGUGAGCCCUAGGGCUGGGGCUGAGGGACAGAUUUGGACAUCAAACAGAGUCCAGGACAUGCAAUAGUAGAACCCUUCAGGUUCUGACGUGUGUGUGCACACGUGUGUGAAUUUGGGAUGAGGGAGACUAAUCUGGACAAGCAGCAGAGCCCCAUACAUGUAAAAACAGGAGAAGCCAUGUCUUACUGGGGUCCUGGGCAGUAUAUACAUGUAUACACGCAUGCACGAGUGUGUAUGCUUAUGUGUGCCUGUGUGUGCACGCACACAUGGGGGUACAUUUUGCACCCAUGGCAGAGGGUGGAGAACAGGAUAAAACCCGCAGUGUUGCCAAAUGUUUAAGAGGAGAAGCCAUGUCAUUGAGGGGUCCCCGUGUGAGCACGUGUGCACCUGUGUGUGGGGGCGUGCGUUUGCAGCGGAGAGCAGGACGGAGGACAGAACCAGAGAGCUGUGCGGUACAGAUCAGUGCAUGUGUGCAAGGAGCCAUGUGGCCCUGGAAUUUCUUGGGAGGAGGCAUGCUCACACAUGGGUGUGCAAACUCACCCAUGUGUUCCAGCUCACAGCAGGAGCAGAAAUGGACAAUCAGGAAGGCAGGGAAUCAGGGUCUGUUUGCACUUCUGUUGGUAGGGAGAGAUCAUUUGUCACAAGGAUUUGGCGAGACAGUGGGCUUUUGUGUACGAUGCUCCAUGAGCGAGUCGUGUUCUUCUGAGGCUGCACACGAACACAGGCUGAUGGGGGAAGAAAGAAGCGGCGUGGGUUUGGGAAGAUGUUUCAUCAGCGGAAUGAAGAAUAGUGGCUACUGGAGGCACAGUUCAAUUAGGGAAAUCCCCCAAAAGGUACUAAAAUGAUUUUUAGACUUGUAAGUGAAGGUGGGGUGACAUGUUGCCCGACUCCCCCCGCCACUCAAGCCUUAUGUCUGUGUGUGUGACUCAUGUUCAAACUCUGGCUGGUGUCCUUGGUUUGCCUUCGAGACCAGCCCAGUGUUCAAAACGCAGUGGGGACUGCUUCUGCCCAAGUGGCAGCCGUGUCUCUCCCCGGGUUCCGAAGGUGCUAGCUGGUACUACUAUGCCAGCCGGAGUGGGGAGGGGAGAAGGUGUUUGCGUCGAGGCGGAUCAAGAGGAAUGAAAGGCAAAGUCAACCGUGGCAGCAGGUGCGCACGUGCACUGCAGAGGGUGCGAGGGGCACGUCCACGCACGGCAGCACCGAGGUUGGCUGUGGAAGCGUCAGAGCUGGUUUCAAUAGGACAGAAGACGGGACUUGCCCCAGCAGGUGCUGGACUGUCCUUGUCAGGCCCCACAUGCCUGCCCUUAACAAGAUUGCCCCCACCUCCCACCCUCAGCUCCCACCCGAAAUGCCAGUGCCUCCUCUCAGCCAGCUAAGACUGGCCAAACUGAGGGGCAGCAGUGAGCAGACCCCCCCACACACACACACACCCCGCCAGUCACCAGGGCCCUGGGGCUUUCGGACAAUGAACCCUCCUCCUCCUCUCUCUCCCCUUGACCUCUUACUGGUCUCUCUGCUAUGGACAGAUGAGAAAACCCUGACCGCUUGGUCACCACUCAGGUGGCCCCACUCUGCAAGUGUCUUUCAAGAGGAAUCAUGCUCUCGUGGCGGAUGAGCUGACUCUGAAUCUUUGAAGGGUUGGAGGGCCUCCCCCACCCACUGCCCAGCCAAGACUGCCCCAACUAGAAGAGCACAUCCUGUCCCCCUCCCCAAUGCACUUGCAGACAGAAGUGAUGGCCCAGGAUGGGGGAGGGGGCUGGCGGGGCUGGACGAAGUUUCCACGUGGUGAGAAGAGCCGGGCCGGCGCUCGCUGAGAACAGAGGCUCCCUCCCUGCCUUUCCCAGGGCUGCGCUGUGGACGUCCGCAAGCGGCUGCUUCAUCCCUAGGCAUGAAGCCGGGCCCUUCCCAAGCCAUUCUCAGCUAUCUGCACAAACAGCUGGAAACUGGCCAAACUCUGGCCCAUGUCUGGACUGGUCUGGUGUGGACAGCCAUCUGGAGGGGCCUUGUGAUCUGGACAAACAGCUGGAUGGACUUAAACAUCUGGGAUGGGCCCAGCCCCGUGGACAGAUGCAAGGAAUGAGCUCAAUUCUGUCGACAGGUCUUGAGCAGACACAUCUGGAACAGUCUCCCCAACGGGACGGACACAGCUGGAAGGGGCCCUGCUGCUUGCCACGGUAGAAGGGCCCUGCCCCGAGUCCCCAUGCCAGUUUGAAUCGAGCUCUCAUUUUUCAAUCCUGGAUUUGCCCCGGAGUUAGAAUUUCAGAGCUAAGGCCAUAUGUGAAGUCACAAAACUGUUUUUGGUAGAAGGUUAAUGUUCUGUACAAUAUAUAUAUGAAUGUAAAAAGAUAUAUAUAUAUGCUGUAUAUAUAUAUAUAUAUAUAUAUAUGCACAGUGUAUAUAUGACCUGUAGCCCAUGUGUAUACGCACCCUUCC